GGCGGGAAGCAUCAGGCCGCACAGCGCAUGCGCACCGCCGCGCCCACACUCCGCGCGCGUCUCGUCUCGACAACACGAGAUCACCCGCUCCGCUCCCAGUGCUGGCUCGCAAGCGACCACUGCCGCGCGGAUAAACAACGCGAACGAACACACUGUGAUAGUAGACACUGCCUAACACUCGGAGGACCAUUAAGUGACACUGAUCAAGCAUGUCGGAAGAGGCGGCGGCGGUGGCUGCGCCGGCGCAAGACGCCGUGGAGCAGGUCACGCAGGAGGUCAAAGACGUCAAGCUGGAGAAUGGAGCGGCGCCGGGCGCGGAGGCCACCAAUGGAACACCAGCCAAGAAUGAGAAUGCUGUGCCUUUUAAGGAUGCAUUCAAGGCGUUCUCCAAAUUCGGGGAUCCCAAAUCCGACGGCAAACACAUCACGCUCUCCCAGAGCGACAAGUGGAUGAAACAGGCCAAAGUCAUCGACGGAAAGAAGAUCACCACAACAGACACCGCCAUUCACUUCAAGAAGCUAAAGAUAAUAAAGGUGGGGCUAGAAGACUACCAGAAGUUCUUAGAGGACCUCGCCAAGAGUAAGAAGAUAGAAGUUAGUGAUAUCAAGAAGAAACUGACGAGUUGUGGAACGCCCGGAUUUUCCACUAACGUGACGAAGGCGGCAUCAGCGGCGGCCACAGUGGACCGCCUCACCGACACCAGUCGGUACACGGGCACCUCCAAGCAACGGUUCGACGAGAGCGGCAAGGGCAAGGGCAUCUCAGGAAGGAAAGACGUCGUCGACGGCUCCGGAUACGUCACCGGCUACCAGCACAAGGACUCGUAUAACAAGACGCAUUAGAUUACCUAUUUACGUGGAUUCUCAGGCAAAGAACGAUGAAUUUUAAGCUGGCUACACUGAAAUCUUCGAAUGUCACGGCAAUAUGGAUUUUUCGGUGUUGGUAGCUUUUAAAUUAUGAUGCCUAAUGCAGAAUCUGCUACAUUGUCUGUUCUUUUACCUACAGGGUUGCUGGCAUAACCUGGCCAAGCUACGAGAUA